AUGGAAGCCCAGGUCGAAAAUGCGAUCCAAAUCGCCUCCGACCCCACCUCGAGCCAGCAACUGCGCGGGCAGGCCAUAGAAUACCUCAACCAGCUGCGCACCGAGGGUUCAGCAUGGCAGGCGGGCCUCACACUAUUCACGCGUGAGCCUCGCGCGCCUGAGAUAACUCGCCAUACCUCGCUCGACCUCGUAAACAAUGCCAUGCAGGAGAAUCGCCUAGAUGACCAGAGCUUGUCCUACAUCAAGGACACUCUGAUGAAUUACAUCCGGCAGACGUAUGCAGCUGGGAGCGCUUCGGCGGAUGCGGGCCACAUACAGAAUAAGCUGAUGCAGACCAUCACCUAUCUUUUCGUGGCUCUUUACCCGUCUUCAUGGCAGUCCUUCUUCGACGACUUUCGUGCGCUCGCCGGCGACCAAGCUACCAUCGGCAGUGUCAAUUACACAUCAACUUUGCUUUACCUUCGCCUGCUGGCCCAAGUACAUGACGAGAUAGCAGAUGUCCUGGUGGCGAGACCAGAGGACGAGAAGAAACGCAACACAGAGCUCAAAGAUUUGAUCCGCCAACGCGAUGCUCAGAAGAUAUCAUUAUCGUGGCAAGAAAUACUGGCAAAAUGGAGGGAGACCGACUUGGGCUUGAUAGAGAUGUGUCUGAGGACCAUCGGGCGUUGGGUCAGCUGGAUCGACAUCUCGCUUGUAGUCAACGAGAACAUGAUCAUGGUCUUUCUACAAAUGGCAGGCCAACAAGGCAUAUCGUCCCCGGAAACCCCUGAAGGACGCGCACGGGACGCUGCAAUCGAUACGUUCUCCGAAAUUGUGAGCAAGAAGAUGGGGCCUGCGGAUAAGAUACAAUUGAUUGAAUUUCUCAAUCUUGGAUCAGUCGUAGGCCAGCUCAUCGGUAGCCCUGCCCUUGCCGACCAGAGCACACCCGACUACGACAAUGAUCUCGCCGAGACUGUGGCAAAGCUGGUCAACAAUAUCGUCUUCGACAUCGUCAAGAUCUUAGAGAAGGAUAAUAACGAUGACCAAACUCGCCAACGUGCGGACACACUCAUUCAAGUGUUCACGCCCUACUUGCUGAGAUUUUUUGCGGAUCAGUACGACGAAGUCUGCUCAACUGUCAUUCCCUCUCUGACCGAUCUUCUCACCUUCUUCCGUAAAUUGCAGAAGAAGACUGGUGCCUUGCCAUCACAGUACGCGGCAAUACUCCCUCCCGUUCUCGAGGCCAUAAUUGCCAAGAUGAAGUAUGAUGAGGCGGUCUCCUGGGGCGAGGAGGGUGAACAGACGGAUGAAGCCGAGUUCCAGGAUCUUCGAAAACGACUGCAUGUCUUGCAGUUGACAGUGGCAGCUAUUGAUGAGAACUUUUACAUCGAAACCUUGAGCCGCGUAGUAAGCGACACGUUCGGUCGACUAUCCGCAGGAGGCCGUUCCUCAUUGGACUGGCGCGAUCUGGAUUUGGCGCUGUACGAGAUGUACCUUUUCGGAGAAUUGGCGACGCGCAAUUCUGGUCUUUACGCUAAGCGUGAGCCUUCUUCCGAGGCUGCACAGCGGCUGGUGGGGAUGAUGAACAGCAUGCUGGAUGCUGACAUCCCCAGCUACCCUCACCCUGCUAUACAAUUGCAGUACAUGGAAACAUGCGUUCGUUAUUACCAGUUCUUCGAACAAAACUCUCAACAAAUCCCCAAGGUGCUCGAAAAUUUCGUUCGUCUCACGCACAACAAUCACGUCAAGGUCCGCUCAAGGUCCUGGUAUUUGUUCCAGCGUCUGGUUCGACAUCUACGAGCACAGCUUGGUAACGUCUCAUACGACAUCAUCCAGGCCAUCGGCGAUCUUCUCACGAUCAAAGCCGAGCUACCAGAGGAUUCCGGGGACGACAUGUCAUCUGACGAGGAAGAUCAGUCUGCGGACGCUCUCUUCGAUUCCCAACUCUACUUGUUUGAAGCCGUUGGAUGCAUUGCUUCGUCCAGCACAGUCUCGACGGAGAAUAAGAAGCUCUACGCGCAGACUAUCAUGAGUCCGCUCUUCGCCGACAUGGAAAAGACAUUGCCACAGGCACAGAACGGCGAUGAGCGCUCUAUCCUACAGAUUCAUCACAUCAUCAUGGCUAUCGGGACGCUCGCACGCGGGUUCUCAGACUGGGUCCCCUCCAGCAACAGCGCACUUCCCCAGAGUGAAGUAUCAGACGAAUUUGCGAAGGCAUCAGAAGCCAUUCUCAUUGCUCUGAAAUCUCUCAAUUCGUCAAGCACGAUCCGCUAUGCCGCCCGAUUUGCGUUCUCCCGUAUGAUCGCUGUACUUGGUUCGCGAAUCCUCCAAGAAAUUCCGUCGUGGAUCGAGGGCCUUUUAUCUCAGAGCUCUUCCAUGGACGAGAUCUCCACUUUUAUGAAAGUUUUGGGUCAGAUCAUAUAUACCUUCAAGACAGAAAUUGCCGGUAUUCUGGACACAGUUCUGACGCCUCUCCUGCAACGCAUCUUCACCGCCCUGGCAAUCAUUCCUUCCGGUACAGACGACGAGAUUCAGCUGGCGGAACUUCGUCGAGAGUACCUCAACUUCAUAUAUGUGGUUCUUGGAAACGGACUCGGAUCUGUGUUUGUGAGCGACGUCAACCAGGCAACAUUCGACACCAUCAUCACAUCGAUCGACACGUUUGCCAGAGACACAUCCGACUACCCAACAGCUCGGUUGGCUCUCUCUGUGCUUAUUCGCAUGACUUCAGUAUGGAGCGGGCAAGAUAAAAUAGGACCUGGCGCAAACACGAGCCCGACCACUCCCGCCACAGCAUCGAUUCCUGGGUUUGAGAACUUUGUCAUCGAGCGCUUCUCUCCACUCGUAUGGUCCGUUCCCGCAUCUUCCGGAUUCAACUCGAAGGACGCACAAGCGAAGCUAGUACUCUACGAAGUUGCCAACCUGCAGGCGGAGAUUGUGAAGAAGGUUGGCGAGCCCUAUGUGGAGCGGCUUAGGACAGACCUCUCGGGCAUGGGUGUGAGCGAGGAUGUGGUCGAUGGCUACCUACGAACGCUCGCUGGAGCGUUCGAGGGCGUCGAGAAGUUCAAACAGUGGCGAAUCUUCUUUGCACGAUUUGUGAGCUCGGCACAGGGCUAG